AUGACAGAAUAUAUGGGUUUCCCUUUAUUAGUUAUAGCAUCAGAACAAGGUAUUAGAUUUAUUAAAUAUAAAAAAGAGUAUUGUUGUCCAUUACAACAUGUUUUAUAUCCAAUUGAAGGAAUAAAACAAGUAUGUUUAUUUAAUCAAUACGUCUUAUAUUUUACUCACUCAUACUCAAAAACAAGUUCUCCUAGUAGAUUAUUUUUCUUUAAACUAGAAAGUAAUAUUUUUGAUGAUCUUGAAAGUCCUAAAGAAAACCAUGCAACAAUUAAACAAAAAAAAUCAAUUAACAUUAAUUUAAUACAAACACCAUUAAAUUCAAGAAUUAUAUCAAUGAAAAUUAUUGGAAAAUAUAUUAUUGUAUUAUGUUUUGAUAUGUUAUUUUGUUUUGAUCAAGAAAUAAAAUAUGUCUUUUCUACUCCAGUUAAUCAUCCUAAUGGUAUGACUACAUCACAAUCAAGUAUUAAUAUAAUGUAUACAUCUAACAAUCAUUAUUAUGUUGAUGAAAAAAAGUUUAAAGAUAAUAAGAUACUUGAUAAUACCAUCACUCAUCAAGAUUGUUAUUGGAGAGAAACAGUUUCAUUAAUAAUGAACAAUUCAGGAGAAUGUGAUAAUAAUGAAUAUACUAUUAUUUCUAAGAUUAUUUCUUCUUCUAUUGAAAUUAAAAUAUUACAAGGAGUUAAUGAAAAAAAUAAAUUUAUUAUUAAUAGACCACAUGAUCCAACAAUUCGAUUUGUUGGUGCAUAUGGUAAAAGAAAUAAUAGAGUUAUGUUUAUUGGAAUAAAUAACUAUAUUUAUAGUGUUAUUAUAUCAUUAGAUAAUCCUAAAAUGAAUAAAAAAGAAACAAAAGAACCUUUUAGUUUUGGAAAGUCAAGUAGUCUUAUUACAUUUGGAGAUAAAAAAGCAGAAAAAGAAACACAAUGUUAUGUAAAUAUUUUCCAUGGAAAUGUUCAAACAAUCUUUAGUUAUGAUUUUCUCACUAAUAAACUUCAAAAAGAAAUGACAACAAUGAUUGGUAAACUUUAA